AUGGGCAAGAACCUCCGGGUCCUUGCAAAGGCUUUACCCGAAUCUCCCUAUAGUGUCAUCUUAGAGGACAGGACCAAGAAAGAUACCCUUUUAUUCGAUUCCGGGGCUGUCGCUGUUCUCACCGAGUUGCAGACAGAGGCCAUCAGAAAGCAAUAUUCACGGUUGGCAGAUGCCUACAGCUGUCUUGGAGUGCUGAAGUUCGGAAAGUCUUCCACAACUGCCACUGAGGGAGAAGUGCUGUACCUGGUUCUGGUGACAGCAUGCAGCUCGGUGGGGAAGAUAAGAGACUCUGAGGUUUUCCGAAUCACACAGACGCAAUUCGUGUCCCUGAGAGGAGCCGUGGGAGACGACGAGAGGGUGUCGGAAGUGAGAAAGGUGCUCAACUCGGGGACGUUCUAUUUCACCUGGUCUGGAAGCAGCGAGCCCCUGGAUCUCAGCCUCUGUGUGCAACGAAGGACCCGAACCAGUGUCACAGACAACAGGUUUUUUUGGUCAGUUGAGAGCAGUGUUCUAUGGGCUGACUGGCUU